UUCCUGCAUGUCGAAGGACAGCCUUAUGCCAUGAUUGGCUGCUGUGGACGCUGCAGGAUACUUCCUGGAAUGUCUGCAACCCAACGUUCCAGCAGGUCUGUUUCCCUGGAAAAGUGGUGGGGGAUCCUUUUUUAUGCCAGAUGUAAUUAAUAGCAUCAGAAUUCUUGGAUAUUCCUACUUGUGGGCCAGCAGAAAAAUCCCAUGGGGCCAAAUCCGGCUCCUGGGCCUUAUGUUGUGCAGAUAUCGGAAAUUGAAAGCCAUUCAACAUGACAACAGAAACCUUGGUGAAGGAUAUUAAACCAGGCUUGAAAAACCUCAAUCUUAUCUUCAUUGUGCUGGAAACAGGCCGGGUGACCAAGACAAAAGACGGUCAUGAAGUGCGGACAUGUAAAGUAGCAGAUAAAACCGGCAGCAUAAACAUCUCUGUAUGGGAUGAUGUUGGCAACCUAAUCCAGCCAGGUGACAUCAUCCGGCUCACCAAAGGGUAUGCAUCCGUUUUCAAAGGUUGCCUGACCUUAUAUACUGGACGUGGAGGAGAUCUGCAGAAAGUUGGAGAGUUUUGUAUGGUUUACUCUGAAGUGCCAAAUUUCAGUGAGCCAAACCCAGAGUAUGUUGCCCAGCAGUCUCAAAACAAAAAUGCACAGAACGACAACUCGGCACCAACAGUCUCUCAAACCACACCAGGACCCUCUACGUCAUCAGCAGCUACUGACAACCAGAAUGGCAAUGGAUUGAUCACUCCUGGCAGCUCCACACACACACCCAGUGCCCCGACCCACCCCACCAGUGGCCGCAUCACACGGAGUCAGCCCAACCACCAGAGUGGUGGUUCAUCAGGAACGGGUUCCUCCUCCAAUGCAGUGAGCAAUGGUAAAGAGACACGGCGAAGCAGCAAGAGAUAACAGGUGCAGGAUUAGGGGGUGUUCAAUACAUCUGACCUCCACCACUUGCUGAGUUGUUUUGCUUCCUGCUGAGCCAGCUCUAAGGCAGAUAUUGAGGAGAAGAGAUGGAUACCAGACUGGAGCAGAGACUAUUAAACCAGCUUAUGUUUAGCCACUGAAAUGUACUUUUAAUGUGAUGCUGAGUACCGAGUGAGAGAUAUGGUCUUCAGUGUGUUUAUACUUGUAUUUUGUGUCAAACUUGUUCACUUCAUAACUCCCUGUACAUGUAAACUGCGUUCUUGCUUUCUGCAGGAAAUUAGCAUGAUUUCACUAUCAUGUUUUUUAACUGACAGUGUUUUCUUCCUACCUGUUGCUUUCUCAGACCUCUUGCCCCUGCCCUCUGGGCAUACCCUUGAAUCUGGCUUCCUUUAAUGGGUCUACAGUCCUUUAAACUAUUUACUCUGGCUCAUGGUUAACUCUGUGGAAACUAGCCUGAACUGGUGAUUUUCAGAUCGUGAGCUAAAAGAUAAUUGUUUGAAUUUCCAUGAGGCUCUUGGCUCCCGUGGGAUGUCUUGUAUGGAGGAGUGUAGCUAGGUGAACAAAUAGAAUCUCUGCCAUCUAUUCUAAGCCAAACUCCCAGUCGGUGUAGCUGUUUCAGAGCUAGCUAAGAAGAUGGCACUCUUCUUGUUUUCCCAGAUAUAUUCUUAAUAGCUUAUGACAUUUUGUAGAUAGGUUUCUGUGGACAUAACUACGAUGUUAGAUUAGAAGUGUGGCAAAAUUGACAAAAGGAAGCUUAAUUUAAAAAAAAAUAAUUAAAUGUCCUGCAAAACCAAUAUUUCUGUGGUUUUAUUUGGAUUGUUGUACUGGAAGCUUGAAAUGCAUCUGUUCUUAUUCCAAUAAGUUUCAGUAUGGCUGGCAUCUGAAACUGGGCAGUGCUGAGCACUUGUCAGUGCUGCCAUCUUGGUUCCCAUUUGGUGCAAGGCCCAGCCAGAUCAGAGGCAAUAUGUAUUACCUCUCAACUUGCCAAUUCCUGUUUGAAGUAAGAGUGCUGUGUAGAGUCCCCUGUGAUGCUGCAGAGCUCUUCAAACAUUCUUGGUUCACAUGUUCCACCUCCUACCCACCCCGAAACAGUUAAAAGGUUCUCCUAAGCUCAAGAGCCCCCAGAGGGCUAUAGCUAAUCCGGGUUUCAGCUGUCCAAAGGAACAUGAAGAACAAUAUGUUAUAAGCUACUAUUUUGAAAAUAGGGUGGGAACUUUUUUGCCAAAGUUAACACAAUUUCCUGAAAGACAGUAAAAUGAAUUUUAAUAAUAAUAAUGAUGAUGAUGAUGAUGAUCAUGAUGAUGAUCAUGAUCAUGGCAAGGCCAUCACCCAGCCCUAUUUAAGAAUAUUUUGAAGUGUUCUUUUAUCCAACUGUUUAAGUCCUUUUUUCCUUUGCCUCUGUUCAGUCCAGAAUAAUAGCUUAUCUGAAGCAGGGCGGGGGGGGGGUUGUAUUUUUAAAAAGGAACAUCACAAUGGUCCAUUUGAUGUGGUUGUUUGAAUGUACUAUCCUGUGAAUGUUUUGGGAAUAAAUAUUUUAAUCUU